AAUGCCAGAGGAAAGUCUCCAUCACAGAAGAGCUCAAAGGCUGCAGUUCCUCCAAAAACAAAUUCCAGCCGAAAGGAAGUCAUUGUCAUGAAAAGUGAGAAUAUUGUGGAGAGUUGCAUCACCCUCGACAGCGAUAAGAAUAGCAACGAAAGUUCUUCUCACCAUCAUCUACCGCACAGAGAAACAUCAGGAUCUUCCCCCAUUCCUUCUGCACUUGCCAAAGCAUCUUCCUUCAGCAUACCAUUGGCUUCUACUUCGUGCCGAGUUAGAGUAGAAACUGACCGUGAUAGAGACAAACUGGAGAAGAAUCAAUGCUCGUCCCCUUCUGUGUCUACUUUCCCUUCA